ACUUCCUCGAAGGCUUCUCUGAGGGCAGUCAACCUUAGGGCGAUGUCCUUGGAAAGGUGCUGCCCGCCAGAGAGAAACUCCGGCCUGGGCGAUUGCUGAUCGUGGGUAUGCGCUUUAAAGUGUAAACAACAGCUGACUAGCAAUCGAUAAUGCCUCCCAAUCGAAAUCGUUAUCGCUCUCAGUUACCUAAACGAGCAAUGUCCAAGCAGGUGUUGCCAAAAAUCCGGCUGUCCUCCAGCCUUAUUCUGCUGGCCAGAAACCAGGAUGUGAAGCCCAAGUCCUUCGACUACAAUGCCCUGCUUCUGACCCGUACCCCAAAGUCUAGCUUCAUGCCCGAGUCUUCGGUGUUUCCCGGUGGCGUAUGUGAUGGCACGGACAGCUCUUCCUCUUGGCUGGAGCACUUCAAGCGAAGCCAAAUCAGCUCAGCCAAGCUGCAGGAAUUAAGCCAAGUGAAGGGGCCGCGACCGGAGAUUUUCAAGGCUAAAGCUGAUAACGAGGGCAUGGAUCCCUCCCUGUCCUUGCGCCUGACUGCCAUAAGAGAAACCUUUGAGGAACUAGGCAUCUUGCUGUGUCGGGACAGUAAAUCUCUGACCUCUACCAGCGGCUUCGGACAGUUUCACGAGCAGUUCGAUCGAGCCCACUGGCAGCAUGUCGUCCAUAACGACGCUAGCAAGUUCCUGACGCUCUGCCAGGAGUUGGAAGUGCUGCCCGAUGUGUGGUCCCUGCACGAUUGGUCUGUCUGGCGCACACCGUCCACAUUCAAGAAGCGUUUUGAAACUGCCUUCUUUGUGGCAGCCCUAGAGCAGGAGCCCAGUGUACACAUCGAACCGAAUGAGGUCAAGGACUGUGCGUGGCGAUCCCCCUUGGAUUACCUUCAGGCUUGCCUGAGAAAGGAGCUCUGGUUGCCGCCACCUCAAUUCUAUGAGCUAUCUCGUUGCCUAAACUUUCCCUCUUUGGAUGAUUUACGGCAGUUUGCCGAAAAUCGUUCCGAAAAAGGCAUCGACCUGAUUCAUCCUGUAAUGUACAAAUGCAAAAACGGAGUUGUGCAUCUGUUGCCUGGCGACGAUGCGUAUCCCUCCGAUCCGGAUGCUAGCAAUGACAAAAUUGAGACUGGAUUGUCAGUUGAAGACUUUCGGUCAAAGGCCAAUGGAAAACUUCAUCGCUCGGAGCACUGGAACCAGCAUCAAUCGCAGCUGCUUAUAAACUUCGAUAGGUCAGAUGGGCAGGUGCAUCCAUUGGACCCCAAAAAGCUUUGAGACGCGGUUCCAUCUUCUCUGAUGUUAUGUUUGUGCAUUUAUUAGACCUUUUGUAAGAUUUAUACAUUAGAACCGGUAAAGAAUAACAUGCAUGAUUGUUGCUGAUCAAGAA